AUGCCGUCGCUGCGCUGGCGAUGGCGCCUUUCCUUGGCCCGAGUCAAUUCUCGCCGGCCCUCCGUCGGAGGGUGCCGCGGCCACCGUUGGUCGGGCCGGCUGUACGUCGCCUCCGCCUGUGGCGCCUCGCUGUGCGGAUGUUUCUUCGUCCUGCUCAAGGGCUUCAAGCUCUCCGGCGGGUACAACAUGGGCGCCGCCUUCCUCCUCGCGGGAGGCUGGUUUGGCGUCGCCGCCGCCAUGACCGCGGUCCGCGCGUGGCAGCAGCGGUACGCAGCGCACCGCGCGUGGGCGAUCCGCUCCUACUCGCAGGUCCUGGCGCCGAUGCUCUACAGAUACUGGUACGUGGCCGCCACCGCGCUGUUUGGGUACCGCCCGCCGCGCGAGGCGCGAGAGUACCCGGGCGGCAUGUGA